AUGGCAGAGUUCGCCGAUGAGACCAAGAGCGCUUGUGCGGCCACAGUUCUCAGCGUAUUCCCGGAAAUUUGCCCUGAUUUCCUUGAAGAGACGGCGGCAAAGUUUCAGUACAAUGCGGACCAGGCAAUCGACGACAUCCUGAGCCUCACCGAGAAAGGCCAACCAUACCCGAAGAGAUCUUACUUCAAGAAUCUCAAGCGAAAGCGGGAGGGGUCAGAGGAUCCAGAUGAAGAGGCCAACAUUCGUCGUACUUACGACCACCCUAACCGGGUAAAGGAGUCGAACCCACAGUAUAUAGCCAUGGCGAAAAAAGUGCUGAAGCAAGAAUUUCCACGUGCCACUAUGAGUGGCAUUCUCAAAGUCUUUGCCAGCAAGAGCAACCAGUUGCUGACAGCACACAUUGCUAUUGAUAUAGCUGUUGUGAACCUGCAAAAUGGUUCGCAUGAGAACAUUCCGGACGGCUUCUCGCUCAAAAAGGCCCGAACGCCAAUGGACCCCGAGUAUAUGGAGAAUCGACUGGACAGCACCAUCGAAAUCACGGACAACCCAAACGAAAAAAGAGCUCUGCAGGAACUGCGGGCUGCUCGGAAGUUGCAGCUCAAGCGCAUCAAUGAAACAAUGCAGGCCGCCAGGGAACUUCACAACUUUGAUUCAGCUAAGGCGAAUGGUACUGUCGUAGAAUGUGGGUGUUGUUUCGACGAGUUCGCUCUGAACCGCAUGGUCAGCUGCGAGGGCCCAGAGAUUUUUCAUAAUGCUGAGAAUGCCGUUGGUCAAUCAAAGUAUGAGCUGGUCUGCAUGUCAAUGGAUCAAUGCAAGGCUAGCUUUUCCCACAGCCAGCGUCGGAUAUUCCUCACCGAUCAGCUUGUAGCCGCCUUGGAUCGCAUCGAGAACGAGGCUGUCCUCCGAAUGGCAGGCAUCGAGAACCUGGAGAGAUGCCCCUUUUGCCCCUACGCUGCUGAGUACCCGCCGGUCGAGACUAACCGAGAGUUCCGGUGUGACAACCCAGAUUGCCAAAAGGUCAGCUGUCGCCUCUGCAAGGAAGAAACGCAUAUCCCAAAGACGUGCGAGGAGGUCGCACGCGACAAUGGUAUUGGAGCUCGGCAUGAAAUCGAGGAAGCUAUGUCUGCAGCACUGAUUCGCAAGUGCAACAAAUGCAACACGCCUUUCAUCAAAGAAAUGGGAUGCAACAAGAUGACCUGCACCGCUGCCAACUGUAGGAACAUUCAGUGCUAUGUCUGCUCCAAAUCGUGCGACUACAGUCACUUCAACGAUGUGAACAGAGGCGGAAAGCAGGGCAACUGUCCUCUCUUUGACAACGUGGAUGCACGCCAUAACGCUGAAGUGCAGGCUGCAGAAGAAAAGGCUCGCCAGAAGGUCUUGGAGAGCAAUCGUCUGGUGGACAAAGACCUACUCAGGUUCGACAUGCCAGGAAACAAGCCUAGCCAACCCAACAACCCAGUCCCAGACCCCAGACCGGCAGGCCGCCAGCGCGGACGACAGAUGCCACCGAGGCUUGUCCAAGCUCCUCUUGUGCCAGCAGCUCAGCCACGAGCUGCUAGCCAGCCAGUCGUUGCACGCAAUGCUUUUGGUCAUCAAAUCCCACAGGGAAAUAUUGGAGAGUUUCAAGGUCAUCCAUACUACAUCCCCCCGGGACGCCAACAGGAUGGUGCUCAGAUUCAUCCUCUGUUACCGCAGUAUUAUCCGGUCCCCAUGCACGUCGAGAACCUGAAUGGGUUUCCGGCAUGGCCACCUGAAGACCCUAAUUACGCCUACGGAGGUUUCCAACCACCUCCCGUGAUGGCAGACGUACAGCAUCAUUUCCCUGUUCCACAAUACCAGCCCCAACCUCAACAGCCGCAACCACCAGCGCCUGGACACUCGCAACGGCUUCAACCUAUGCGGGAUGCUGUGAACUGGCAAGGUGAGCCCGAUCCCAUCUGGCUGGCGAACAUGAACCAGCCCUAUCUAAUGGGACUGGGAGCACCGGCUGGACCAGGCCAUGGGGCCGGACCUGAGCCUGCACCGGCGCCGAGGAGACUGAAAAGGCAGAAGCGUCGCAACAAGAGCGCACGGCAGCCUCCGAAACCCCUGCCAAUACAUCAAAAUGAUCGACAGCCAGAGCAGAUGCAAACAGUCCGACAGGCGCAGCAACAUGGUAGGAAUAUGGAAGAGCAACAAGCGCCUAGGCUUGAGGCUCAAUCUCUAAGCGCUGCCGCCCUGAAUCCCGAUAAGCAGGACGCGCAGCGAGCUCGUAAUCCUGUAGCAAAGGAGCAAACUCAGCAAGCUCAGCAGCAGGCACAGCAAGAAGCAGAGCGAGAAGCAGAGCUAGAACACCUAGAGCAGCAAGAGCGAGAGCGAAUACUGCUGGCCUUGGGAGUUCAGCCAGUACACGACCAAGCCCAGCAAGCCCAACUUCAACCCGCCGGCGUUGAACUGCCUGGCGACCACGAUUUGUACACUCAAUGGAGACGGAGCAUGGUGGUUCCUAAGCGCGAGGAACACCGUCGUGCUAUACAAGCCGAGUUCGCCGGAGGAGACGUCGGUGCUAUGGGCGUCAGAGAGCAAGGCAUUCGAGGAAUGGUACCUAUGGAACAUGCCCCGCUCCAGAUCAACAACGUCAACCCCAACCUGCUGGUGCAGCCGCCAGCUCCGGAUCGUCCAAACUGGCUGAUGCCACCCGCCCAACAGGAAAGGGCCCCUCAAGAACCGUUGGUCCGGAUGACUGCUCUGCGACGAAGAGCGCGACAAAGAGCGGCAGCCGCCGGAAGAACCAAGGACGAGCCUCUGGAGUUGGAGUAA